AGCUCGAGACGCUCCAACAUUCAGUUGUAGAUGUGAGGAGGACACAGUCACGGGGAGCGCGCGCCCAUCGUCUCUGUCCAUUUCACUUCACGAACACUAAUAACGUGUCCGCACAGACACGCGCGAUGCGUCGAUGAACGAGGAAGCGAUGAAGCGGGACUUUUUCUCGUUGCCAAACAAACACAAUGUGACCAUGUUGAACCUGUGACCGCUUCAUCCGCGUCGGAUUUCGGACUAUACCUUUACCGAUCCUGGGAAGAGAGACUUCAGAAUGGGGAAACUUCAGUCCAAACACGCGUGCAAGCGCAGAGAAAACCCUGAAGGAGACAGUUUUGUUGUGAACGCUUUCCUGCGCAGAGGGAUGGAGGAGUGUGAGAGGUACAGCGGGACUGAGCACAAGCUGAAGAACAUUCAGGAGUUUCCAAGUGGUGACCUGAAGGAAGGACAAUUCACAGAUCAACACUGUCCCCUAGAGGUGGUUCUUCCUCCUGAGAAGGCCGAGGGCUGUGAAAGCUACCUGCAGUACCUGCACUCAGAGGACGGCGAGCGAGAGGCACUAAGAGAUGCUACCAAAGCUCCUGGGAAGAAACGCAUCAGUCUGGAUGACUUGGAGUGCGAUGUGUCUAUGGAGGACGACAACCGCCAGGAAUGGAUCUUCACCCUCUAUGACUUUGACAACAGUGGAAAAGUAACAAAAGAGGACAUGUCCAGUCUGAUGCACACCAUCUAUGAUGUAGUGGACGCCUCUGUGAAUCACUCCUGCCACAACAAGAGCAAGACUCUGCGUGUCAAACUCACUGUCACUCCAGAGCCAAGGUGCCACAGAAGAGAAACAGGUGCAGAUCGCUCUCACCAGGAGGAGGGGCGAUCAGCUGACAAACGACUGUCCUCAUACAUCAGCAGAGGGCAGAGCAGUGAAGCACCAGCCACUGAGGGUCAGCAUUACUGUGUGGAUGAAAACACAGAGAGGAGGAAUCACUACCUGGACCUGGCUGGUAUAGAGAACUACACCUCCAGAUUUGAUGGAACCACCCCUCCCCAGGAGCCUCAAGUUCGGAGCUCCCAGAGCCAAAGCCGCUCCCGCUCCCAGGAACCAGAAACCCAAGUUAUUCACCAGCGCCGCUCACAGAUCAUUGGCGACAGCUACAACCCCACAGAGUCUCGAAGCAGGGGCACACAGUUCCUCAAAUCGCCCAAAGGAAACUACAAGGGAAACGGUGGCAAUAACGGGGGCAGCGGAGGUGGCAAAUCCACUAAAUGCCAUGGCUACCACCCGCCUCUUCAAACUAUGCUGCACAGUGGCAGUGCAGCGGGCCACGGAGCUCAGGAUGUGUACCACUUGCCACACCAAGUCCAACCCUCCAGCCACCACCAGCACCCUCUCCAGUACAGUCACAGUAAGCGUCUGAGGGCCAAAACCAGAGAUGCCCUGUCCCCGACCAAAGCCCAGAUGUCCCCUCAGUCCCAGUCCCAGUCGCAGCAGCAGCAGCAGCAGCAUCCUGUGCCCUCCGUACUGCCGAGCCUGGAGAGAGAGCAGGCAACCGUUCCUCCUGGCAGCCCGGGGUUUGUGGUCCCCAUGGUCCAACGCCAUGAGCACCACCAUCACCACGAACACCACCACCACCACCACUACCACCAUUACCACCAGACAUGACCACCCUCAGUGUGCAGUGUCUCAAACUGUACAGGACCAACCACGACCAACCACACUCCGUCUGAAUGACUGAAAGUCGUCCCAAUGGGAGAGUCUCACGCUCUGUCUUGGAUCUUCUCGUCACCCUCUUGCAAACUAUACAGGUAUAAUCUGAGAUUAGAUGUGCUGAGGUGCAGUGUGCUGGCAGAUGCUUUAGGACCAGAAGGAUGAUUUUUCAGAAGUCAUUGUGUAUCGUCAGAAUGUGUGUGGCGCAGCUUUUGAUUUACUUGUUUUUGUUGAUUAUCUGCUGGGACUGCGUCAGUUGUCUUGCUGUUUCCAGCAGGAGGGGCAUCGAUACGAGAGAGAAACUCAUCAAAGGACUUUUCAAGUGUCAUCUUUUUCCCUCUUGAUACUGUUGUUUUUUUGUUUUUGUUUUUAAAGUCCCAGGAAGCUAUACUGUAUAUCAGAGUAGGUGUGUUGUUCUGUGUGAGACCUUUCCAAAACAUGGAUCUCAGGUGUAAAGGUGCUGCUGCUCUCACGUUUCCACAGAGGCUUCUUCUUCUGAUGUGGACUGAGGGGUUUCCUUGUUUGGGGAGGGAGUAUAUUAAAAAAAAAAAAGAAAAUCA